UACACAUCUUUUGUACACAAGUCUUGCACACACUAUUUGCACGCAAUAGUCGUGUACUUACGAUUUGUACAUACUAGUCUUGUAUCCACGAUUUGUACACAAGUCUUGCACACACUAUUUGUACACAAUUUUAGCGUGAGCAUGCUUCAAGCAGAGUUGACGAUGAUCGCUUUUCUAGUCCUAGUGUCCGGAUUUGUGGGUCUCUCAGUGGCCGAAUCGGCUGAGUCUUAUGAAAAAGACCCUAAAUAUUGGCACCGCAUCGUCGAUCAGGAUUUGUUAGACAGACUAUCACCACGACAGAAGGGCGUGGCCAAAAACGUCAUUUUAUUUCUGGGGGACGGGAUGGGAAUCUCUACGGUUACGGCUUCAAGGAUCCUGGCAGGGCAGAUGGCGGGGAACAACGGUGAGCAGUACAAGCUCAGCUUCGACAAGUUCCCCUACAUGGGUUUGUCAAAGACGUACAGCGUCAACUACCAAACCACUGACUCCGCGGCGUCAGCCACAGCGUGCCUGACGGGAGUCAAGACAAACAAUGGAGUCUUGGGCCUCAGCGCGGCGGCCUCAAAGGGAAACUGUAGCUCGUCCAAAAAUGCACAAGUUGACUCGAUCCUGCGCUGGUCACUCAAUGCAGGCAAGUCAGCUGGUGUAGUGACCACCACCAGAGUCACUCACGCCAGCCCCGCGGCCUCGUACUCACACACACCUCACAGGGACUGGGAGUCAGAGAGCCAAAGUAAAGAAUGUGAGGACAUAGCAUUACAACUGAUCACCAGAAACUACGACAUCAACGUCAUCAUGGGUGGAGGCCGAACCAAGUUUUAUCCUCCAGGCUCGGACAGCACCUCAAAUGGCACCAGAGAAGACCGCAGGAAUCUUGUUCAGGAAUGGGAGCAAAUAAUGAGGAAGAAAAACGUUUCCUAUAGUUACGUUUACAACAAAGCUAGUUUGGAUAAUGUAAAUUUGGACAAGACGGAUUAUCUUCUGGGGUUGUUCAACCAAGACCAUAUGAAUGACGAAAAAAGUAGAGAUCCGACCAAAGAGCCGUCAAUUGUCGACAUGACAGAGAAGGCGAUUAAAAUCUUGCAGAAAAACAAGAAAGGGUUUUUUCUCUUUGUUGAAGGUGGGAAAAUUGACCUCGGCCAUCACAAUUCCACGGCGGCAGUGGCACUGCAUGAAACUGUUACCUUCUCCAAGGCCGUGGAGAUAUCUCUUCAAAUGACCAACGCCUCAGAAACCCUGAUUGUUGUCACAGCUGACCACUCCAACGUCAUGUCCAUGGGCGGGUCUGCAGCAAGAAAUAACCCCAUCCUAGGGGUUAGUGCUAAUGCGAAACAUCGGCCAGUUAUAGAAGCCAAGGAUAAAUUAGCGUACACCACGAUCUUGUACGCGAAUGGACCAGGGUACAGGAGACCCCGACAAGACGUCACUAAAGUUGAUACUAGUAGCGCCACCUAUGUUAGCCAGUCUGCUGUCCCCAUGGCUAAAGAGACGCACGGUGGGGAAGAUGUGGGCAUAUUUGCCACAGGUCCUCAGUCCUUCCUGUACACAGGCGUCCACGAGCAGAACUACAUCCCUAUGGUCAUGGCCUACGCCUCAUGUGUCGGGCCCUACGCCGAGGGGAAAAAACCAUGCGCCAAAUAUGAACAACCAUAACCGGCUUGAACAUCGACAUGUGUUCAACGACUUGGACAACUCUUACUAAAAUUAAAAAUGUGAAAUUAUUCCGUUGAUUUGGUUGUGUUUCGGCAGGAAGCUCAUUUCUCCUUGUUAGCAUGUGAUUUGUGCUGUUCUUGUAUUUGAUUUGUCAACCCAUUAGAUGGGAAAGUCAUGUAUUUGACAAAAACGCUUCGGAAAAUUGCCAUU